AAAAGAUACAUUCCUGUGAUUUGUUUAUUGAUUUGGAAAAGCAAUACUGGAUAAAAAAAACUUAUUCUGGUUGAAAAGAAUACAACAGUGCUGAGUUAUAUAUAAAUGGAGUAAAAGAAUUAACAAAGAUUCUCACAUGGUUCAUGCUUGAUGCUUCAAGCACCUUUUGAUUGAGCAAAUACUCACACCUAGCCUAUAAAUGGAUGCUGGCAUGAGAAGCUUCCUUCAUUAGCAGCACUUCAUCUCAUACUCAAUGGAGUGGCUUCUGCAAUUCCUUCAUCUCCUCUUUGCAGCUUCUCUUCUUAUCAGCAGUUCAGCAAUCUCAGAUCAAAUUCCUAAGCAUUAUGUUGUUUAUAUGGGAAAUUCAUCACCAAACAACAUUGCAGUAGAUAGCCAAGUACCAGAAUCUGCUCAUCUGGAGCUACUAUCAUCAAUUAUUCCAAGAAGAGAGAGUGAGAGGAUAGCUCUAAUCCACCAUUUCAGCCAUGCCUUUAGUGGGUUCUCUGCCAUGCUUACAGAGAGUGAAGCUUCUGCAUUGUCUGGGCACGAUGGUGUGGUGUCGGUGUUCCCAGAUCCAAUUCUUCAAUUGCAUACAACGCGAUCUUGGGAUUUCUUGGAAUCAGAUUUGGGAAUGAAGCCUAGUAGUGGUGGCACUCCUCUUACACACCAACACUUAUCAACGGAUGAUAUCAUUAUUGGAGUGAUAGACACCGGUAUAUGGCCAGAGUCUCCAAGUUUCAGAGAUGAGGGUAUAGGGAAGAUUCCCUCCAGAUGGAAAGGAGUUUGCAUGGAGGGUCAUGAUUUCAAGAAAUCCAAUUGCAAUAGAAAAUUGAUAGGUGCAAGAUACUACACACAAGACACACCAGGUACCAACAAGACUUACAUUGAAGGAGCCAAAGGUUCCCCAAGAGAUUCCGUUGGACAUGGGACUCACACUGCAUCAACAGCAUCUGGUAUCUAUGUAAAAAAUGCUAGCUAUUAUGGUUUAGCAAAAGGAACAGCAAGAGGUGGUUCACCUUCUGCUAGAAUAGCAGCAUACAAAACAUGCUCAGAAGAAGGUUGUUCUGGUGCUACCGUACUCAAGGCUAUUGAUGAUGCUGUUAGGGAUGGAGUAGACAUUAUCUCUAUCUCUAUUGGACUUAGCUCACUAAUGCAACCUGAAUUUUUGGAUGAUCCCAUUGCAAUUGGAGCAUUUCAUGCUGAACAAAUGGGGGUAAUGGUGGUGUGCUCAGCUGGGAAUGAUGGUCCUGAUCCUUACACAGUUGUGAACACGGCCCCGUGGAUAUUUACGGUUGCGGCUUCUAAUAUUGAUAGGAACUUUCAGGCAACUGUUGUCCUUGGAAAUGGGAAAAAAUUUCAGGGAACAGGCAUUAGCUUCUCAAACCUUACUAGUUCAAAGCUGUAUCCUCUUGUCUUUGGAGAGAAAGUUGCUGCCAAAUUUGCCCCAGCUUCAGAAGCUAGGAACUGUUAUCCUGGAUCACUAGAUUACAACAAAGUAGCAGGCAACAUUGUUGUUUGUGUUAGUGAUGAUCCAAGUAUUUCAAGACGAGUCAAGAAGCUAGUUUUACAAGAUGCUAAAGCCAUGGGAAUGAUACUCAUUGACGAGGACAGAAAAUAUGUUCCCUUUGAUGCUGGUGCAUUUCCCUUCACAGAGGUGGGGAAUCUAGAUGGGUAUCAAAUCCUUAAGUACAUAAACGCCACCAAAAACCCAACUGCAACAGUUCUUCCAACAGUAGAAGUUCCUAGAUAUAAGCCUUCACCAAUUGUUGCAUCUUUCUCAUCAAGAGGCCCUUCAAGCCUUACAGAAAACAUUCUCAAGCCAGAUGUCAUGGCUCCAGGUGUUAGCAUUUUAGCUGCCAUGAUUCCCAAAAGUGAUGAACCAGGAAGUGUUCCAAUUGGGGAAAAGCCAUCCUUGUUUGGCAUAAGAUCUGGUACAUCCAUGGCUUGUCCACAUGUGACAGGAGCUGCAGCAUUCAUCAAAUCAGUACAUGGAAGAUGGAGUCCUUCAAUGAUCAAAUCAGCAUUAAUGACAACAGCUACAACCUACAACAACAUGAGGAAGCCUGUGACAAACAGCUCAAACUACUUUGCCAACCCACAUGAAAUGGGAGUUGGGGAAAUUAACCCACUAAGAGCUCUCUACCCUGGUUUGGUCUUUGAAACAGGUGUGGAAGACUACAUCGGAUUCCUUUGUUACUAUGGCUGUUCACAAAAGAACAUAAGGUCAAUGUCUAAGACAAAUGCCACUUGUCCAAAGAAGUCCUCUGAAGAUCUUAUCUCCAACAUCAAUUACCCAUCAAUCUCUAUAAAAACAAUUAAAAGGCAACCGAAAGCAAAAGUGAUCACAAGAACAGUUACCAAUGUCGGACCCCUUAAUGCCACAUAUGCUGCGAAGGUGCAUGCACCUGAGGGAUUGGUUGUUAAGGUUAUCCCCAAUAAACUUGUGUUUUCUGAGGGUGUUCAAAAAUUGACCUACAAAGUCUCAUUCUAUGGCAAGGACGCCAAUGCUGGAUACCAUUUUGGGUCUCUAACAUGGCUUGAUGGUAGACAUUAUGUUCAUACAGUGUUUGCAGUCCAAGUUGAAUGAACUUGCACGUAUAUACACACUAGCACAUAUUUAAAUAGAUUGCAUAAUACAUGCCUGAUUCUGAUUUUGAUUUUUUUUAGUCUAACUUUUGUUUGUGUGGGAAUGAGCUUUUUCCAUUCACUGGAGUCCAUAAUUCAAAGGAAUAAUUUUAUCA